AUGUCGGACCGGUUUGCUGCCUUGGGCUACAGCGCCAGCAAACUUAAGGUGAAUGGCACAGGCGCCUGCGCGGCUGAAGAUGCGCCCGAAGGGACUCCUUUGCUGGUGCUGCCGCUGCAGCGCUGCUGGACAGCGGCCGCUGUGGAUACAGAGUGCCCGCAGGUGUCGCAGGCCCUGGCUAAAGCGGCGUUGCGCAAUCCGGACUCUGAGCUGCUGCAAGCUGCCUCGACCAAGAUUGCGCUGCACUUGAUCUGGGAAAGAAGGAGGCUGAGCAACUCGGAGCCCAUGAAGGAGCAUCGGAAACAGCACUUGCAGCUCCUGGAGGGCCGCAAAGCGGAGACUUUGCUUGCGUGGGGCCGCCGCGAUCUGGAGUCUUUGACAGGGAGCUUCUGGUUGGAGGAAGCGCAUCGACGACAGGAAGAUGUUGUGGCAGACCUCGAGAGCUUGCUAGCCGAUCUCGGGCCAGAGGUGUCCUGCAAGCUGGGGCUUGUCAAAGAAGAGGAUAUGCGCAGCCUCGACGAAGUGCCCCGGGCAUCUUUGGAGGCCUUCGCCUGGGCCCAGUGCAUCUUGCAAGAGCUGGGCCUCCACUUCGUUUCAGGAGACCAGCUGCUGGCACCUGGCCUGGAGCUCCUGGGCUCCAGCCAGGAGGCUGGCACUGUUCUGCGCCUGGAGCCUUCCUUCCAGGGCAGCCCAGCAGUGGUGCUGUAUGCAGACCGAGAUUUCAAGGCUGGUGAAGGUGUGAGACUUUGGCAUCACGGCCUGGCUUGCUCACAGGGUUUUCAGCUGCUCAUGGGCCUGGGCGACUUCAAGGUCCCGGAGAAAGGUGCGCCGGUGGCCACAACCGGACCUUGGGAAAGCGUCGAAGUGUUGCUACGGCUACCAGUGAGCGCACAGUCUUCGGAGAGCUCCAAGCUUUGGAGCAUCAUCGAAGCGCUGGAGGCGGCUUUGCAGGCCAGCCGGCCUUGGCAUGGCGGGCUGCUGUUGCGGGAGGCGGUGCCCCCGGACUUUGGCUGGCGGCGAGUGGAGGUGAUCCAGAAGGAAGAUGCCGAGUUGGAGGUGCAAGUGCGACUGCCGCUUGGCCGGUCGCUGCCAACGCCAGAAGCGCUGCAGCAGCUGGGACUGCUGAUUUGUGCGGACACGGAGAGGAUGCAGACUAUCAUGAGGGAGGAGAAGGGAGUCCUAGACCCACUGGGACCCAAGGCUUGCCAGCGGCGAGCACUACAACAGCUGGGAAGGCGGCUGCAAUGGGCCCUGGAGGACUAUCCUGCCCAUGCCCUGGUGGACGCCCGCCAGCUGUCGCCUGCAGAAGGCUUACUUCCGCGGCGGGUCCGCGGGCUGCUCCUUGUGGCAGCUGAGAAGCAGCUGGUUUCCGAGGCGAUCACAGUGAUCCAGCAGGCGCUGCAGUCAGACUUGGAGGACUCUCAGGAAGCGCACAGGGCGCUGCAAGGUGUGGACGACGCCGAGGCAUCGGACGCAAUUGCGCGCACUGGCGACUCCAGGGAUCCAGAGGGGUCCGGCGCAAUGUCAGAGGGCAUCAAGGAUUCCAUCUACUCGCUAGAUUGGGACGAUGGCGCGGAAGAUGGGGCUGAAUUGACGAGCAAGGACAUAGCCACACUGCCUCAAUUCCGAUCACAAGGUCAGCCUCUCACGCACGAGCCAGACAGUCCUUUGAAGAGGCUGCGCAAGGGCGGCACAUGUUCUCGAGGCCACACUGGUGCCACUUGGGAGGACUUGGCUCUGGAGACGGUCCUGGGCUUUUCCCUGCCGGCACUUUGUGACGUGAUGUGGCGAGUGGAGCCCUUGCUGCCACCAGUGUACACAGGUUCCAAGGUGAUGAAGCCGGGCUAUGUGGAGGACUCAAAGACAGGCCUCUUUCCAGCUAUACCAAAACUGUAUGAGAGAGAGCCUUCCCCUCAACGCAAGCUGGCACUGGAGCCCGCCAAGCCCGUGCAGGCGCCGCCCCUGCGAUGGGCGCUGCUGGAACUGCCUGGGGCAUCGUCUCCUGUUCCGGAGGUUCUGGCUGCACUUCUGGCGCUCGGCUGCGAGGAUGGCCUGAAGCUCCAGGGAAAGCUGAUGGUUCAGCCCAGCUACGUCCACAGGCUGGCCUCCGGCGCCUUUAGCAACGCUGCCAGCCCUGCAAAAGUCACUGCGUACGACGUCUUGGUCGUUUACUUGGAAGGCUGGCUUGGCUCCAAGCCGGAGCAGCUGUGCGUGGAUUUGCUGGCUGCCCUUCAGGUGCUUGUUUCCGAGAUGGGCCAAAGCGCCCUCCGAGUGGUGCUUUUGAGCCACCUCAGCGUUGGGCCUGGCAGUUUGCGCGGUCGAGAGGCAGUGAGCCCCGCGUCUGCAGCGCUGGGCCUGGUGCGGACGGCCCGGGCUGAAGUGCCACAGGUGCCAAUCCUGUGGCUGGACACCGACGCGCUGGAUGGGAGCAUUCAGGAGCAGUUGAUGUACGAGGUGAACCUUGCGCUACCUCCAGGAGGCCUGCAGAAUGCGAGCUCCUUGGAGCGAGCUCAGGGCCUUAUGGCACACAAUCGGGAGGUGGUGUAUCGGCAGGGCCGACGCUGGCUGCCAAGGCUGGACCUGAGCCCCCACAUGCCCGUCUACGCUGGCAGAGCCGCAGCCCUGGGGCCCUGCCAGGCCUCAAAAGGGCCUCAAAGCCGUGAAGCUCAGGUCGUCGGCCCGCUGCCCCCGCAUGUGACGGAGACCGGCGUCGCUUUGGUGACAGGCGGCGUCGGUGGAAUUGGCCUGGCGGCAGCAGAGGCAUUGGUCGAGUUGGGCAUGCGGCGUAUGGUGGUGACCUCUCGCUAUGGGCAGCUGCUGGAUGAUGGCAAGCGCCUGGAGGCAAUGAGGGCUUCAGGCUGCGAGGUUAUCGUGGAGGCCUGCGAUGUGGCCGUCGAGUCCAGUGUCCGCGAGCUUCUGGAGCGCAUUCAGGUGCACGGCCCACUCCGGGUCGUGGUGCACGCCAGCGGUGUCCUGGAGGACGCGCCUUUCGUGGGCCAAGAUCCUUUGGGAUUCCGCAAGGUCUUUGAGCCCAAGGCUUUGGGAGCCUGGUACUUGCAUCGUCACACGAUGCAGGACAAGCUCCACUCCUUUGUGCUUUGCUCCUCCCUGGCGGCGCUUGUGGGCAGCGAGGGCCAGGCCAACUACGCAGCGGCAAGCGCCUUCUUGGACGAGCUGGCGCGCCUGCGGGCCGCGCUCGACUUGCCCGCGAUCAGCGUGCAGUGGCCAGCGGUAGAUGCCUGGUCUGAGGAGCCAGAACAACAUGGUGGCGCGAUCUGGAAUGGCUUGACCACAGGCCUCGAGAAGCCCGGCAGCAGCAUCAGCUUGCCAGUGGUCAGGCAAGUGGUGAAACUGGUGGUGGCCGGCUUGAAGCCAGUGGAGCCGGUGCAGGCAGUGCUGCCGGGGGCGUACCUCUCCCCGACAUCCCUCACAGUGCGAAGCAUGCUGGCGCCUCUGCUGGCCAGGAAGCCCAACAAGGAAGGCGACACUUCGAUGAUGCUGGCCAGCGAAGACAAGCAAGCAUCUGGGCUCUGCAUGAGAAGUGUGAAGCUCUGCCUUCAGCUGACAUGAGCUUCGGAGCCAAGCGCCAAGCUAUACGAAUUUCCGUGUGCAGAGCCCUUGAAGCACCUGAACUUAGGGCUUAGGCUUAGGUCAAGAUUUAUCUCAAAGCGUGUGGAUGGA